UAGGUCGAGGGCGGGGCGGCGGCGAGGGAGGAGGAGGAAGAAGAGGGAAGGGCCGGGCGGCGGCGGCGGCGGCGGCGGCUCUAGGUUGUUCGGUGGCGGCGGCUGCGGCUCUCUUCCGGGCGGACGAUGGACAGCCAGGGCAGGAAGGUGGUGGUGUGCGACAACGGCACCGGGUUUGUGAAGUGUGGAUAUGCAGGUUCCAACUUUCCAGAACACAUCUUCCCAGCUUUGGUUGGAAGACCUAUUAUCAGAUCAACCACCAAAGUGGGAAACAUUGAAAUCAAGAAUAACAAAAAGAUGGAUCUUAUGGUUGGUGAUGAGGCAAGUGAAUUACGUUCAAUGUUAGAAGUUAACUACCCUAUGGAAAAUGGUAUAGUACGAAAUUGGGAUGACAUGAAACACCUGUGGGACUAUACAUUUGGACCAGAGAAACUUAACAUAGAUACCAGAAACUGUAAAAUCUUACUCACAGAACCUCCUAUGAACCCUACCAAAAACAGAGAGAAGAUUGUAGAGGUAAUGUUUGAAACUUAUCAGUUCUCUGGUGUAUAUGUAGCCAUCCAGGCAGUUCUGACAUUGUAUGCCCAAGGUUUAUUGACAGGAGUGGUAGUGGACUCCGGAGAUGGUGUCACUCAUAUCUGUCCAGUUUAUGAAGGCUUUUCUCUUCCUCACCUUACCAGGAGACUGGAUAUUGCUGGGAGAGAUAUUACCCGAUAUCUCAUCAAGCUGCUAUUGUUGCGGGGAUACGCCUUCAAUCAUUCUGCUGAUUUUGAAACGGUUCGCAUGAUUAAAGAAAAAUUGUGUUAUGUGGGAUAUAAUAUUGAACAAGAGCAGAAACUGGCCUUAGAAACCACAGUAUUAGUUGAAUCUUACACACUCCCAGAUGGUCGCAUUAUCAAAGUUGGGGGAGAGAGAUUCGAAGCCCCAGAAGCUUUGUUUCAGCCGCAUUUGAUCAAUGUGGAGGGUGUGGGUGUUGCUGAAUUGCUUUUUAACACAAUACAGGCGGCUGACAUUGACACCAGAUCUGAAUUCUAUAAGCAUAUCGUGCUUUCCGGAGGAUCUACUAUGUACCCUGGGCUGCCAUCCAGAUUGGAACGAGAACUUAAACAACUUUAUUUAGAACGAGUUUUGAAGGGAGAUGUUGAGAAACUUUCUAAAUUCAAGAUCCGCAUUGAAGACCCACCCCGCAGAAAGCACAUGGUAUUCCUGGGUGGUGCAGUUCUUGCAGAUAUCAUGAAAGACAAAGACAACUUCUGGAUGACCCGACAAGAAUACCAAGAAAAGGGUGUCCGUGUGCUGGAGAAACUUGGUGUGACUGUUCGAUAAACUCCAGAGCUUGUUUCCAUCACAACCCUCACGCAUUCUUUUUUCCUUAUUGCCAAUCUUUGAACUCAUUCAACUCCAGGAUAUGGAGGAGGCCUCUGUGUGCCCUUUGACUGGAAAGGUCAGGUUUUUUUCUGGUGUCUUGGGAACGCUUUGUUAAAUUUUUGUUAAUGUGGGUAAAUCUGACUGUUUAAUUCAAUCACUUCCCUGAAAACACAACAUGAGGGCAAAGGGUCCUGUCUGCUGCUUUGUUUCUUCUAAGUAGGCAUUUAGCUCAUUCCUGUCUGCUUCCUAUGUUCACUUGACUGCUCUAAUGCUGCUAGUUUUAGUCUGUAGCACACUAGGUGGUAUGCCUUGACUAGCAUAAGAAAAACCCUUUAAUAGGAGCUUUUACAUAUUAUUGGGGUGGGGGUAGUUAGGGGUGGGUGGGCAGCUGAAUUCUUUAUGGCAUUUCCUCUGUAGUAUGGCAGUUACAACAGUUACUGGUGACAGCUUUUUAAGUACCUAAAAGUUUCUCCUAUUCAUAAUUUCGAGAAAUGUUAGGCUCAGAACUAAAGAAUUUUGGGUGGGUUUUCGCUUGGUGGGCAAGGAAUAUUCUUUUUUUUUCUUUUAGCUUUUCUGCUCUGGGGUACAUAGAUGAACUUCAUCUACAAUACUUUGAUUUGCCAGACUUUUGGUCUGCCUGGAACUUUUUCAUAAGAUAUAUAAAACAAGUGUGGUAUUCCAUUACUAUGUAGCUUAGGGAUUUGUGUUUUAAAAUCAACUGUGUUAACUGCAACUAUACUCCUUAGUCUCCAUCAGUGGAAAUGUUAACAUUUAAAAAUGCUUUUGGAUAUUUAAAUUACAGAGUAAUAUAGUGCUAAAGAGCUGGUAUUUUCUAAAUGCUUCUGUUUAUUCUAGAAGCAUUAAGGUAACCCAGUGCCAAGUACCAAUCUUGCAAAUUAUUCUUUUAUAUUACUGGCCAGUACUUAUUUAAUAAAAAUAAGUAGAUACAUAUAAUUACUGGCAGUAAGUUAUAAUUGCUCAUUCAAAAAUAACAUUGAAAUAUGGGACUUGUUGCCAGUUGGUUAAUUUUCAUUCUUUUGUUUUUAUUUGAAACCUAAAAGAGGAGCAAAUUUGACAGACCCGUUGAUUCCCCCCAAAUCAAGAUUUAAAUCUGUAUUUGUAUUAGAAAACUAAUCAUAACUACAAAAUUUCAGCAAUCUUAUGCUUCAGAGAAGAGUUAUUGGUAUUUUGAAAGUGUUAGCAAACUUUUUUGUCUGUAUGAAGACAUGACAGGUUUGAAUUCUGUCAGCAUGGCUUGAUAUCUGAGAAAAUACAGAUAGUAUGCAGAUAUGGGUUCCUUCUGCAUUUGAAAAGUCAUAAGAAAUUAUAUCAUGCUAAGUACAAAAUGCAGAUUCUGGAAAAAAUUUCUUUGUCUCAAAAAAUUCUUAAUCAAUAAUGACCUUGAAAGAAGCCUCCUUUUUUUCUUUCUUUUUUUUUUCCCCCCUUUGUGGCACCUGAAAUUGGAGAAACAACUUACUGGCUUUAGCAUCUCUUGUGAGAAAACAUAAAAACCAAUUUCUGUGAAAUAACGAAAGAUUAGUUUUAAUUGUGCAGCUUCUGUUAUUUUUUUUUUGUCUGUUUUACCUCAAUUUGAACAAAUAACGUUUGCCUGCAUGCUGGACAUGCUUCCGUACACAGUGACUAGCUGUGAGCACUGUUUCCUAGACUGUAGGGACUUGAGGUCAGAGGUACUUUAGAAUGCUAAAGUGAUCUAAAUCAUGUUCUUUUACACCCCCACUUUGGAGUUCUGGGCUUGUUAAAGGACAUGAGUAGGACCAGUUCAGCUAACUGUUCAUUUCCAAUAUGUGGAGUGACUCCUGGCUUGGGUCAUGCUUUUAAAAUAUGGGGGUAGAAAACAAAGAAUUGGUGGACUCUUCAAUAAACAAUGAGCAUUUGCCCUUUGGUUGUAAAAUUUGGUUUUCAUUUCACAAUUCCAGCAAACAUGACAAUUAAAAUGGUUUGUGAACAUAUGCAUAGAGUAUAAUUUGUAAGUUCCAUUUUACUGUUUCUCUUUUCCAAGUUCAUUAAUGCAUUUAGUAACUUAGCAGGCACAGUUAUGUUUGAUUGGACUGUUGUUAGGCAUGCCCCCUCAGCAUUUUUUUUUCUGUUCUAGAAAUCUUUUAAUUCUUGAAAACCGCUGUCACUUAAAUUUUCAAUAAUACUAAAAUUUUUUUCUUUUAAAAUUAGAAUGGCCAAUUCUGUGACCUUUGAGAAGGAUUUCUAGAAUCAGAUUCUACGUUUAAAUUUUUUCUUUAAAAUAUGGUAUUGGAUGUUAACUUUUACACAGUUCUGAGCACUGUUAACAAUAUCUGGAAAGUAUUUUAGAGAUCAAUGGAAAGUUUAACAUUCUGAAUUUAACAUAUACUUUUUGAUUCAGAAAAUAAAAUCGGAUUUUUCAAAGUAAA